GAUAGAGGCUAUACAAUAUUAACUUUGGUAGACACUCUUCCUCUUAAAUAUUACAGUAUAGUGUUCACAGAGUAGGCUUUGACUUGCCUUCAUUAGGCUGACAAAAUUCUCCCUCUUUCCCAAACCCCGCUGCCCUUUUCUCUCCAUCCCACCCCUCAACACAGAGUUAAAUCAACAGCACUUAAGCCAUAUGGCAAUUUUGAGACCUUUGCAUUUGUUAUUUAAUGUCAAAGGCAGGAAACCCCUGGUCCCCUAGAACAGUCUGGCCUUAGUUUUUCAUAUGACUUGUGGCAAUUCAAAUAUUUGAGAAUCUGUGCCUACAAAUAUGGUCAAAAGGGAUUUAAAGGUGAGUGACAGCAAGAAAACUGGUAAUCUGCUGCAAAGGUUAAGUACUCAAUUAUAAUACAAAGCAGUAUAUGAUCACAAAAGGGCAAGAGGAAAAUAUUAAAUAUAUUCUGUUUGCCAUGACAUCAUGUCCUUUUCCAAUUUCAUUAAAUGCCAAAAGGAAUUUCCUUAGGUGAGACUAGAGUCCCAAACAGGUGAAUUUACUUGCCCGAGUUCACAUAGCUGCUAAGAGGCAGAGCUGGUGUUUGAUCAGGUCUGGUCGUCUAUGCUAGUCUCCUCAGAGAGGUGUCUAAGGCACUGUCACCGAUGGGCGCCAGUGCUGUUUCUUCUGUCCCUUUCUCUGUGUCUAUCAGGACAGCUGUGUUUAAAGGUCCCAUGGGAACCUUAGGUUCAUGAUGUCUCAGGCUGAACACUCUUGCCUGUCUUGUGGAUAAUCUUAGCUACCAGAAAGAAUGAAACAGAAGUGGGGCUUUCCUUGACUUGCCCCUGCACCCCCACAUCCAGGUGAUGUCAAGUCCUCUUAUUCCAUCUCCUUCAUAGGCUUCUCUCGACCACCCUACAUCCAGCCUUCACCAGGUCUUCCCAUAGAUUGCCCCAGCAGGCUUCAGUUGGCUCCACAGAAGGGCAUUUUCCAUCUUGCUUUCUCAGAAGGACUUGUCUAAAACAGGGAUCUGAUCAUCCUAAUUCUCUAUACGGCUGCCAAGGGACCUGCAGGGUGUACUCCAGAUACCUCACGUGAUUUAAGUGGGAUUCUCAGGGUCUGACCCAUCUGACAUCCUAGUCUUCUCCUGCACCAAGUCCUCCAAAUCCUUACCUCUCUCUAACUGAUUCACCUUCUGAUGAGCCUUUGUUUCUGCUUUCCACUGACUUUGUCCCCUCCCCCUUUCCUCUUCUGUCCCCCUUAGUCACCCCUCCCAAAUGCUCGAUUAGUACCAAGUACUCUCCUGGCACUUAUCUGUAGCUGUCAUUGUUUCUCUCCCCCGGGGCCACUAAGUCAGGAGGGGGCUAUGCCUCUGCCUCCACAGCACGCCUUGCUGCGCCUGACACACAGAGACACCCAGCAAGUGUCUUCUCACAAAUGAAUCAACAGAGGGAGAGUCUCCUGACUGCUCACUGUCUUUAAGCCACUUCCCUGCCCUUGGCGCUGGCUGGCCCCUUUGCUCUGCCUUCAUCACGGUGGUGUUUCCUGUGCCCAGUCCACGGCUGGCAUUUGCUCAACCUAACAAGGUAGAACGUCAUGACAUGAAUACCUUAAGCCUGCCCCUGAACAUACGCCGAGGGGGGUCAGACACCAACCUCAACUUUGACGUACCCGAUGGCAUCCUGGACUUCCACAAGGUUAAACUCACUGCAGACAGCCUGAAGCAAAAAAUUCUAAAGGUAACGGAGCAGAUAAAAAUUGAGCAAACAUCACGCGAUGGGAACGUUGCGGAGUAUCUGAAACUAGUUAACAGCGCGGACAAGCAGCAGGCGGGACGUAUCAAGCAAGUCUUUGAGAAGAAGAAUCAGAAAUCAGCUCACUCCAUCGCCCAGCUGCAGAAGAAGUUAGAGCAGUAUCAUCGAAAGCUCAGAGAGAUCGAGCAGAAUGGAGCCCCCAGGAGCUCAAAGGACCUUUCCAAAGACCACCUGAAGGACAUUCACCGCUCUUUGAAAGAUGCCCACGUGAAAUCUCGAACUGCACCCCAUUGCAUGGAGAGCAGUAAAUCGGGCAUGCCAGGAGUAUCACUCACUCCACCUGUGUUUGUUUUCAAUAAGUCCAGAGAGUUUGCCAACCUGAUCCGGAAUAAGUUUGGCAGCGCCGACAACAUCGCUCACUUGAAAAAUUCCUUAGAGGAGUUUAGGCCAGAGGCAAGUGCCAGGGCCUAUGGGGGCAGCGCCACCAUCGUCAACAAACCCAAGUAUGGCAGCGAUGAUGAGUGUUCAAGUGGCACGUCAGGCUCGGCCGACAGUAACGGAAACCAGUCCUUCGGGGCUGGUGGAGCCAGCACACUGGACAGCCAGGGGAAGCUCGCCGUGAUCCUGGAGGAACUGAGGGAGAUCAAGGAUACCCAAGCUCAGCUGGCCGAGGACAUCGAGGCACUGAAGGUGCAGUUUAAGAGAGAAUAUGGUUUUAUUUCUCAGACCUUGCAGGAGGAGAGAUACAGGUAUGAGCGACUGGAGGACCAGCUGCAUGACCUGACGGACCUGCAUCAGCAUGAGACAGCCAACUUGAAGCAGGAGCUGGCCAGCAUCGAGGAAAAGGUGGCCUACCAGGCCUACGAGCGCUCACGGGACAUCCAGGAAGCCCUGGAAUCCUGCCAGACUCGCAUUUCUAAGCUGGAGCUCCACCAGCAGGAGCAGCAAGCUCUGCAGACGGACACCGUGAAUGCUAAAGUUCUCUUGGGAAAGUGCAUCAACGUGGUCCUGGCCUUCAUGACAGUCAUCUUAGUGUGUGUUUCUACCAUUGCGAAAUUCGUCUCGCCCAUGAUGAAGAGCCGCUGCCACAUUCUCGGCACCUUCUUUGCCGUGACUCUUCUUGCUAUAUUUUGUAAAAACUGGGACCAUAUCCUGUGUGCCAUAGAGAGGAUAAUAAUACCAAGAUGAAGCCACUGGUUCCUGCCUUCAAGUUCUUUCAAGUUUUUAUUUUAAAGAACACUCUGUGCAUACUACCAAAUUUUACAAUGAAUGAUUAUGCUGACUCGUGUGCAAGAAAGACUAGGGCUGUGUGGUGUAUGUAAAUAACUAGAGUUCUCUUAACUCGGGAGCAGUUGCCAACUCAGUCCUUGUACUUGGUUAAAACGAAUCUGUUUGAAAGCUCUCCUACCUUGCUCACUGCCUUAAUCAGACCAAUUUCCUGCCCACCUGACUAGCCCAGCGUGGUAAACCUCUGUAUAUUGAGACCUUGGAAUAAUUGGGUGAUCCAGAAGAAAAGAGAUCUUUCUCUUAAGUCUUUGUCAGAAUUGAGCUUCACGAUUGCUAAUGGUUGUGUUUUCUGUAAGUCCUAUAAAAAGCAAGGAUGUGCAUGAUUCAGGGAAUGAAGAACCACAGGCUUGGGCAGUGUGAAACACUGUGGCCUAUGGAAACACAGGUCCCUGUGUGAUCCACCCCGCUUGUCACCAGGUGACCAUAGGUCCCGUCAUGUACUCAGUGUCCGCAGCGGUCGUGUGUGACCCUGUAAUGUGGAAAUCUUACCACACACCUGUUUAUCCAGCAAGUCUACCUGAGGGGUGUUGUUACACUUUAAAUGGUAAGGCAUAGGGAUUUAUGAAUGGGGCUUUUUCUUUCUCAUACCCAGGCAUCCAACACCUGAUUUUACCUGAACUGGCUAGCAAAUGCCCAGCCUUCAGAGUGUGCAGCAAGGUUUUCAAAUUCCUCAUCAGACUGUGACUUUAACAUUAAUUUGGAAUCCUGUGAGCACUACUCUGAAGGUUUGUGUUUUGGCAAAUCUUUUUUUGUUUUUUGAGACAGGGUUCUGCUAUUAUUGCCCAGGCUGGUCACAAACUCCUUGCCUCAAGGUAUUUGCCCACCUCAGCCUCCCGAGUAGCCAGGACUGCAGGCACAAGCCACCCUGCCUGGGUGUUUUGGCAAAUAUUGAUUGUGAUAAGCCCACCUGGAAGAUGUGAUUCGCUUUAUGUGAGUCAUUUUAUUCACAGGUCUGUGAGGGACUGCAAAGCUUGCUCAGGAAAUGAAAACAGAUGAUGGUCAUGUUGCAGUUCUUCCCUUGAAGGACAACAGAAUCAUGGCCUAUAAAGUUAAAGUGCACUGAGGUGUAGGAACACUGAACACAUGAGGAAAAGAGGACACUGGGUGUGACUGAAUGGCGGCUAGAUUAGUGGGAGCAAUUCACCUGGAUGAAGAUUGAGAGAGUCCUCUUCAGGAAGGGAAAGGCAAGCAAGAAUGAAAUAAGUCCAGUGUUUGAGCCAAAGUUACCACCUGUCUCUGCUUUUUUUUUCUUUUUUUUUUUUAAGAUGGAGUCUUGCUCUGUUGUCCAGGCUGGAGAGCAGUGGUGUGAUCUCAGCUCACUGCAGCCUCCGCCUCAUGGGUUCAAGCGAUUCUCCUGCUUCAGCCUCUAGACUAGCUGAGACUACAUGCGCAUGCCACCAUACCCAGCUAAUUUUUUGUAUUUUUACAAAAUACACCAUGUUAGCCAAUAUGGUGUCGAUCUCCUGACCUCAUGAUCCACCCACCUUGGCCUCUCAAAGUGCUGGGAUUACAGGUGUGAGUCACCUCGCCUGCCCGCCACCUGUCUCUUAACAUCUCACUGAACCUAAGUUUGUAGGUCUUAGGAUGCCCACACUGCCUCUGACCUGAAAGCAUUCAAAUGUUAACAUCCCUGUUUGGGGCAUACCAUUCAGCCCAGAUGAUGCUUUCCUUUAAAUCUGUAUCUGUGUGUAUAUAACAAAGAGGAAGAUGUAAGCAAUGUUCAUGGAAACUGCUGUUGAGCCCCUUGUCCCACCACUGCCACCGUCUGCUGCAGGCAGGAAAGCAUGAGAAUACAUUUUCUUUCAGAAGACAUAAAGUCUCCUGGGUUCAAAUUAAGUGCAAUAUUUUUCAAAGAGCUCUUCUUAGGGAAAUCUCCUGAAGGAAAAAAAUGUGACAGAAUGUGCCAUAGUCUGAGAGAAUGGAAUAGUUGAGCAUUUAGUAUAAGUCUGAGUGUAUACGAGUGGGACUCAUGCAGCUCAAACUUGCUUUCUUUUUUUUCCAAGUAUAUAGUUCAGUGGUUUUAGUAAAUUUGCCCACUUGUUCAGCCAUCACCACUAAUUCCAGACCCACGCUUUUUAAAACAAUAAAUAUCAUUUCAUGGACUCUUUGGUGAUAAAGUAUUUUGGAUUCAGGGAAGAGGGAGUUAUCAGUCCCACCCCUAUCUCAUGGCUAUGUCUCCUUUCAUUGUCAGACUCCCCCAGCCUCCAUGUUGAUGUGUAUACACUGAUCUUUCAAAUCCAGGGGACAGAUAAGUAGGCCAGGUGGAAGGCAGGGAGGCAGAGAGAAUGCUGUUUUUCCUUUAGCUUUUAUAUUUCAAUGGCCAGCAUUACCCUUGACCUGUGGGCCUCAGACUCAGUGUGGGCUGAGAGCUGAGUAACUUACACUCCUAAAUCAAGCUGGGGACUGGGUGGGCCCCUCUUGGUAUCUGUGAAUCUUUCCAAGCGUCACUUUGGACACACCAAGGAUUGAAUGCUGCUGUUAGUUUAGAGAUUGAGAGACUUCUAACCCUUGAGGUGAAGGGCUUUGGGAGGGUCCGAGAAGACAUAGGCCUCGUUCUCACACCAGCCCACACCAUUCCAGUGCUCAGCCUAGCAAGUGUGCUUUAAUGCACGCUUCUCAGACCUGUGAUCUGUGUAUCUUCUCCCCAGUGACGGAAGUAGAGAAGAGAAUGGAAAACAGCAUACUCCAACCCCUCUAGUCUGGAGCUGUUUUAUAGACCCUGCUAGAAAGAAACUAGCUUUAUUCUAAAAUACUGUAGUCUAUAAUCCUCCUACCUGGAUCAUGAAUUCCUUUUAAAUAAUUCAUAUUUUCAUUGACUCUCACUAAAUGUCAAAUUGCCUUGUUUUCACUUGGAUAGGCUCAACCUGCCUGGCAUAUUUAUUUCACAGUCUUGUUGAAAGUUCAUGAAACUUUGUACUUUUUAAUAAGAUGAUACACUCAAGGAAACUUUUAAUCUCUGCAGUUUAUUCUCUUCUUAAGGAAUAAACACUCCCACUGCUUGUUCUCUUCAGUGCGUAAAGAGAUUAAAUGACGUUUUAGAAAUAUUAUAAUUAAAAAUAGUGACGUAGCUAUAACAUAUGCUGGAAUCAGAUAUUUGAUUUAUAUUUGUGUCAAGUAUAAUCCUUUCUCCACACCUUUCAUUUAUAGUAAACAUCUGGGGCAAAUGCAAAGAUGAAAAGUGCUUGUUAGACCAAUCAGCACCUGUCACUAGCAGCCAUUCCUGAGUGGUUGAAGAUGCUGACAUUGGAUUCUAGCACUGGGUUUAUGAGGUGACAGACUCUCCUGUGGAUUUUGAGUUGGUUAUUUCAAGCUCAAAUUUUGAGUAUGAUUAAACCAGAGCAACCCCCCCCACCCCCGGCCAAAAAAAAACCCAUAGUAAAACAGCAAGAAAGCACUCCAUUGCUGGGUUUGGACAAUGAACGUGGGAUUAGUCCCAAAUUUCCAGCUUGGAAUGGUAGCAUUUUUGCCUACGUGAUCCUGAUGUCCUAUUGACAGAUGGAAAUCUUCUGAAACUCUGUCUCAUUUUAUCCGGUGAGGCUGUUACUCUUCUCUGUCAAUUAGCAUUCAUGUGGUUUUUGCUCUUUCCAGCUCUGUCACUCUUGUUUUCAUUUAAAUAUUGCCACACUCUGUGUGUUUAUUGCCUUGCCAUUUCUCUAGCAUAUCAGGUUUAAUUAUGGGUUCAGUAAUAAUGAGGAACUAGCUUCCCUCAGGCGACUAAUUACUUUUGUCUUUUUUGGUCGGAUUGUACAAAAUUAUUUUGCAUUGAAUGGGAACAUUUUUGCAGUGAAUCCAGAUAUAGUUGUAUUGGUUUGGAAAAACAUUUAAAUAUAUUUAUUCAUAGGAACAUGUGUGAUUAAAGAACUUACUUUGCAUGUUUCUGUAAUUCUGAGGAGUGUGCUGGGAAGAAAUGAGUGGAAGAAAUGGCAUCACUUAAAAUUCAGGGUUUAUGUGGAGAAGUGUUUUAAGGUUAGCGCAUAUACAAAGGAACGAGUUGGUUUAAAAAGACAAAUCACUGCAAAGAAUGAAAUUGGCUUAUUCACAUCAAAAGUAGAUGUUAAAAAAUAUGAAACAACUAACCUAUAGUUUUCUGAAAUCAGUACAAUUAUCUUUAUAAGAAGCUAGAAAGUAAUGUACCUUGAUUGUUUUAGGAAUGAUUUAUGUGUUGCAAUUUUAAUUUAUUUAAAGCAUGUCUGCUGUGUUUGUCCUAAGAGAAAUGUUUCAACAAAACGUGCUCUGUGUUUAAGAUAUGUUUAGGCAGUAGUUCAACUCUGAAAGUAGAAACUGGAAAUGUUUAUUGUGAGAUUUGUUGCGGAAUUUCCAUUUUGUGAGUUACUACAUAGUUUCAUGUCAGCCUAAAAUUGUAAAUUCCCUGUAGAUCUCCACCCCAUUGUGGUGUCAUCAAUGAAUUCAAAGCCGGUGCCAUUAUUUUUUUAAAUAAACACUUGAUGUUAGCUUUGGUGUUAAAUAAAGAGGUAGCUUUCUUAAAUUUU